GUUGUCUUCCACCAAACUUUAUCUUUUCUUUCCCAUUAUGUAAGGCACAUGAAGUUGAAAAAAAUUUGGUUACAGCUCAAAAGAUUUCAACCAAUUCCCGCAAAGAAGUUGAUCUUCCCCAAAUUUCGUGUUUCCCCCAAUUGGAAUUGGAAUUGGAAUUGGGAUUGCCAAAUUUACACUAAUCAAAACCCUACUUUAAACAAUCUGUUCUGUCCCCACUCAAUCAGUUACCACCCCACCACAUGUAUAUGUAUAUAUGGAACACCCAAACAAUUGUCCCAUUCAAUUCUCCCAUCUGUCAAAACCACACACCAAUAUUCUCUCUUCCCUUCCGCAGAUCCCCCAUAUAAACUGUACAUAACAAAAAUCUCAUUCUUUUGUAGAUACAUGUAUAUGCAUACACAUAGAAAAAGAGCGCGAUUCGUGUAGAUUCAGUCGCCUGCGGUUCAAUCGGAUUCCGAUUUGAUCGCGGUUUGGAUUUGAUACGUUCAAUUUGUCAACGAUUACAAUGGCGCCACCGCAUUGUGUAUUGGUCACCGGUGGUGCCGGCUACAUUGGCAGUCACACCGUGUUACAGCUGCUGUUAGGUGGUUACAAGACCGUGGUGAUUGAUAAUCUUGACAACUCAUCACAAAUCGCUAUCAAUCGAGUCCAAGAACUCGCUGGUGAUCAUGCCGCUAACCUAGUUUUUCAUCAGAUGGACAUCAGGAACAAGCCUGCAUUAGAGAAGCUUUUUGCUUCCACUAAAUUUGAUGCAGUUAUACAUUUUGCUGGACUAAAAGCUGUAGGAGAAAGUGUUGAAAAGCCAUUGAUGUAUUAUGACAACAAUGUUGUUGGCACUUUAACCCUAUUAGAAGUCAUGAAUACCCAUGGAUGCAAAAAGAUUGUGUUCUCUUCAUCAGCUACUGUUUAUGGUUGGCCUAAGGAGGUGCCAUGCACAGAAGAUUUUCCUUUAUCUGCAGCCAACCCGUAUGGAAGAACCAAGCUGAUGAUUGAGGAUAUAUUUCGUGAUAUAUAUGCAUCGGAUUGUGAGUGGAAAAUGAUAAUGUUGAGGUAUUUUAAUCCGGUGGGGGCCCACCCAAGUGGUUAUAUUGGUGAAGAUCCUCUUGGGACACCAAAUAAUCUUAUGCCUUUUGUUCAACAAGUUGCUGUUGGAAGAAUUCCUGCAUUGAAAAUAUUUGGAACUGAUUAUUUAACCAAAGAUGGAACAGGGGUACGUGAUUAUAUUCAUGUUGCGGAUUUAGCAAAUGGGCAUAUGGCUGCGUUGAGGAAACUCUCUGAUCCAAAAAUAGGUUGUGAGGUUUAUAAUUUGGGAACGGGUAAAGGAACUUCUGUUUUGGAGAUGGUUGCAGCGUUUGAAAAGGCUUCAGGAAAGGAAAUUCCUCUAAUAAUAGCUGAACGAAGGCCUGGUGAUGCUGAGGUUGUCUAUGCUUCCACAGCAAAGGCAGAGCGUGAAUUAAACUGGAAGGCAGAAAAUGGGAUAGAGGAGAUGUGCAGAGACCAAUGGAACUGGGCCAGCAAGAACCCGUAUGGGUAUCAGAACAAAUAA